AAAAAUUGUUUUUUCCGUUGCUAGGUGGGUCAAAAUAUUGGAAUAACUCCUUUUUUGGAGAUUAUUUGUCGUUAUUUUUUAUUAAAAAAUUAUAAAAAUAAUAAGUCCUUAGCCUGGAAUCUCUGCUUCAGCCAAAGUCAGAAUGGGUGGUCCAUUAUUUAGCAGGGCAAUGUCAUCAUACAGUAUGUUUCAGUUUUGGAUCCUUAAUUGGAUUGAGGUGUGGGGGAAGGAGUGAACGUCCAUUGAACAACGUCUAUAACAUCAACAUCGGCUUUCGUCAUCAAUUACGUCAUAAUAAUAAUAACAUUAAUAAUAAUAAUUACAAUAUUAAUAAUAAUAAUAAUAUCGCCAGUAAUAAUAUUAUUAAUAACCAAAGCAUCGCCGAGACAUAUCAGCAGCAGCAACAACAACAGCAAGUCAGAUUUUUUUCUGGUGCUUUGGACUACAGUCAUCCGUCGAAAUCGGUCAAUAGUGUUAAUAAUAGUAAUAACAACAACAAUAAUAAUAACAAUAACAAUAAUAAGAAGAACACAUUUACUAAGACGAGAUUAUUUGAUAACGCGGAUAUAUUGAAGAGUCAUAUCAUUCCUCCAUCUCGCUUCAUUCAUUCAUUCUCAAAUGUCAACAUGUCCAGUACAAGCGAGCAACUAUCCAGCCAGAGCACCUACAGGAUCAACGACAAGGUCCUAACGAUGGCAACCCUGAAUCCCCACAUUGCCAACAUCGAGUAUGCCGUCAGAGGACCCAUCGUCAUCCGGGCUGCUGAGAUUGAAAAUGAACUUAAGAAGGGUGUGCCGAAACCAUUCAAACAAGUGAUCAGAGCGAACAUAGGUGAUUGCCAUGCCUGCGGUCAGAAACCUUUAACAUUCAUCAGGCAGGUGGUAGCUCUGUGCACCUAUCCAGACCUGAUGGACAAUCCGCACUUCAAUGACGAUGCCAAACAAAGAGCAAGGAGAAUACUGGAUGACUGCAGAGGACACAGCAUCGGCUCCUACAGUGACAGCAUAGGCAUAGACGUUGUGAGGCAUGACGUGGCCAGGUACAUAUCCGAGAGAGACGGAGGCAUACCCAGCAAUCCUGAUGACAUUUUCCUCAGCACAGGAGCCAGUGAAGGGAUUAAGGCGGUGAUGAAGUUGUUAGUAACGGGAAGGGACAGCCCUAUAGCGGGUAUCAUGCUCCCGGUACCUGUGUACCCCCUCUAUACCGCACUGCUUGCUGAAUUCAAUACCUACCCUAUUCUCUACUACCUAAACGAAGAAAAGAAUUGGUCCCUUGAUACGGAGGAACUGGAAAGGGCAUUGAACCUGGCAAAACCGCACUGCAUUCCGCGCGCUCUGGUCGUCAUCAACCCUGGAAACCCAACUGGACAGGUUCUUAAAGAGGAGAACAUCAAGAAGAUCAUUCAGUUCGCUAAGAGGAAUAACAUCUUUCUGUUAGCCGAUGAGGUCUACCAGCACAAUAUCUACGGCAAAGAUUCUGAGUUUCAUUCCUUUAAGAAGGUCAUGAAGUCGAUGGGAGGUGAGUACGAGAAAAUGGAGCUGGCUUCGUUCAUGUCCACUUCGAAGGGGUACAUGGGAGAAUGCGGAUACAGAGGUGGCUACUGUGAACUGAUAAACAUCGAUCCCGAGGUCAAGUACCACCUCCUCAAGUCCCUCUCUGCCAAGCUCUGUCCCUCCGUAACCGGUCAGGCUGCCAUGGGGGUUGUGGUCAACCCGCCGAGACCCGGGGAGCCAUCCUAUAGACAAUUUAUUUCGGAAAAGGAUCACGUAUUAGGAGAACUGAAAGAGAAAGCACAGCUGACGAGCAGAUUGUUGAACGAGAUCGAAGGGAUCACGUGCAAUGAAGUCGAGGGGGCCAUGUAUGCUUUUCCCAGGAUCUGGCUGCCUCCGAAAGCCAUUGAAGCUGCUAAGGAAAAGAACAUGGAACCGGACUCGAUGUAUUGCACGGAGUUGUUGGAGGCAACAGGCAUCUGUGUCGUGCCUGGAAGUGGAUUUGGUCAGAAGCCCGGCACAUAUCACUUCAGGAUGACCAUACUGCCGAGCGUGCAAGAGUUGCAGGAGCUGCUGAGACUGUUUGCCGUAUUCCACGAAUCCUUCAUGAUUAAAUACCAAUAAAUUUUAAUGUUUGACGCCAAUAAUCUAUAAUUAAUAAUAUUAAUUGUCAUUAAUUAUAAUUAUUAUGGUAGUAAGCUAUUUACAUGUGAUAAAUAUAUCAUUCAGUUUAGGCGUACAUUGCAUUUCGAAUUUUUUUUAUAUUUCAUUCUUUUUUUUUUGAAAAAAAGUGUAGAUUGUUUUGUCCUGAAUGUAACGUAUAUAGUAAAUAAAUAUGAGAUUUAUUUUAGAUAAUGAUAAUUAUAUCUUCUUACUCAGUAGUUUGUAAUCAAGUCAGAAAAAUAUAAAAAUAUUUCACAGUAAUAAUAAUAAUAAUAACGACAAUAAUACUAAUAAUAAAUAAUAUUGUUACGUUAUUUUUAUUAUUCUGUUAUAUUC